GUUGAAUCUCUAGCAGUUACUGAGAUCAUCGGCAAUGUUGGCAGGUGAUUACACAAAAACUCCAUAUAUACCAGUUUAUGCUUCUCUGCCUAUGGGCAUUAUCAAUAGCCACUGUCAAUUGGUAGACCCAGAGGGUGUACGUACUGAACUAAGGCAUCUGAAGUCUUUGAACGUGGAUGGGGUCAUUGUUUACUGUUGGUGUGGGAUCGUGGAAGCCUGGAUUCCUCGCAAAUAUGAGUGGUCUGGGUACAGGGACCUUUUUGGUAUAAUUAAAGAGUUCAAGCUGAAAGUUCAGGUUGUGUUGUCAUUUCAUGGAUCUGGAGAGACUGGAUCUGGUGAUGUGUUAAUCUCUCUCCCAAACUGGAUCAUGGAAAUUGCAAAAGAGAACCAGGAUAUAUUUUUCACGGAUUGCGAAGGGAGAAGAAACACAGAAUGCCUUUCCUGGGGGAUUGACAAAGAAUGUAUCUGA